CACAGACGAAGAGCACAACACUUCACUGUUCUUGACACUGAAAUUAAAAGUACAGAAAAGGAUAAAACCGGCAAAAUGCACUGGGGAAAUAGAAAAAGGGCUGAUAAUGUCUAUGAAAAUUACGUUAAACCUGGUCGUUCUCGCAGAGAAAUCACUAACCGCAACAUCCAAUCAUCUGAACUCACAGGAAAUGAUUCUGUGAAGAUCAGAGCAGCUUUGGUGUGUUUGGUGCUGCUGUGUGUUCUUCUGCUGAUCUCAGUCAUAGUGCUGUGUGUCACCUUCAAUCAAGAGAGACAACAACUACUAACUAACAUUACCAACUUAAUUCAGCUAAAUGAAAAUUUAUCAAAGUUUAUUCAAGAUGGAUGGAUUUACUAUCAGUUCGGUCUUUACUACGUUUCCAAUGAGACGAAGAACUGGACUGAGAGCAGAAGAUACUGUACAGAGAGAGGAGCAGAUCUAGUGAUCAUAGAGAACAGACAAAAACAAGAUUUCAUGAAGAAAAUAUCCAAUGGAAAUGACGUCUGGAUUGGUCUGACCGACAGUGAAGAAGAGGGAACAUGGAAAUGGGUUGAUAACAGCACACUGCCCUCUGACUCUGAGUUCUGGAAACAAGGAGAACCUAAUGGAGGUACAGAUGAGAACUGCGCUUUCAGUGGUUCAGCAGGACUGUUUGAUUAUACAUGUUCUAGUAUUAUCAAAUGGAUCUGUGAGAAGAAAAAUAUAAUACACAUUUACCAUUUUUUUUAACCGUCACUCUUUACUAUUUUACUCUAUUAUUUUAGUUGAUAGAUUAUGAACAUUGAUCAUAUUUGUUAUCUUGCUCACAGCCCUAUUUCACUGAUUACAAAACUGUUUGUAAAUUUGUGAUUAUUAAUAAAACCCAAAAAGUAAAACUCAAUUUCAAGUAAAACAUCCAAACAUCCAAUCUUGUAUAUUUAAAGACUAAGACAAUUUGUCUUUAAAUUUAGAAUAUACAAAAGCACAAUAAGUGGUGUUAGAUCAUGCCGUUGUGAAGUAGUACUGACACGUUUAUUAGCGAAUUCACCGUUCUUUCUCGGAGAUAAAACCAGCAUGGAAUUCCCCUCCCCCCAGCACUGGAAG